CCAUUGUGUGCAGCUGUGCUCAUACUCGUGUCUCUGCCUGCAGUCUUGUCUUUCUAGAGAGCGUGUACGUCCAUACGCAAGCGUCUACUUAUUCUUUCUCCUCUACAUGAACUAAACCCACAAACCUAUACAUCCAAAGCAGCCAUGUCAUCGAAACCACAGGAACAACAGAACAACAAGCCAGAAGCACAGGCACCACAGCUACAGGGGCUGGAAGAGGACGACGAGUUUGAGGAAUUUGCCGCCCAAGACUGGAACGAAGCUGAGGAGGAGAAGGACGCACAUCAAUGGGACGAUAACUGGGAUGACGAUGAUGUCGAAGACGAUUUCUCACAGCAACUCAGAGCUGAACUUCAGAAGUCGAGCACGAUGAAGGCAUGAGCGAAGAUGCAAUACAGCACCUCCACAGACAAUGAAAUUCAGAAGGAUCUUCAUCAACAUAACUUGGACCAAUAAAGGGGAACGCCCCCGAUGCCUCUUCAUAC